UUUAUUUGUAAGAACGUUUUUGCUAUUUGCAUUUUUGACACAAACAUCAAAUGAAUUUCGUUUGACUUUGACCGAAACUUGUUUGUCCUUUUGGAGAUUGAGUUUUAUUACUUUCUUUUAAAAAAAUCGAUCCAGUUUCAAUCGAUUCGAUACUAUUGUUACCUUUUUAUCCAUCAUCAUAAAAGAGACGCAAUAGAAUACAUUUGAAAUCAGAUAAUAAAUUCCAUCAAAAAUAAUUCAAGACCGAAGGACUUGUGUAAUAAAAUAUCUUGUCUCUCUUUGUUCAAAUGAGAAAAAUCCCCUCAAAAGGAUGGAUGAAUUCAAUAUGAUAGAAGAACAACAAUCCGAGGUGGCAUAUCAAUCAGAAGUGAUGACUAGCGUGAAUGCAACUGCUGUUGAUAAUUGUGAAUUGACAUAUUCACAGCAGCAAGAGCAGCAGCAGCAGCAGCAAGAUCAACUGUUUACUGAAGAUGCUGAAUUUUCUGCACCGCAAGAAAAAACCAUUGCAGACAAAGUCGACGAAGAUGAAGAUGAAAUGGCACAAGCAGAUGUGGUUGAUGGUCAAUCAGUCUCUGCCAAUGUGGAUGACAAUCCACCAAAUAUCGUUGAAACAAAUUCAAAUGCACAAACUGAGACUGCUGAUGAUAAAUGUGCGAUGGAUUCAAAUGAAUCUGAACACAAUGUGAAUGCAACCGUAACCGCCGCCGCUGUUACCAGUGAUGAAACAAACGACGGCAACGGCGACGACGAAGAAAAAAAAAUGAAAGAAGAAGAAGAAGCAGCCGAAGUGUCUAAAAGCGAAAAUAAUGGUGAUGGCGGUGAAAUGUUGGUAAAAAAUGAUCGAAAAAAUGAGGAUGAAAUUGAUACGAAUCAAUGUCGGAUUUGUAUGUCCACCACUAAUUUAUUGGACAUUUUUCGUAUUGGUGAAAAGAGCAGCUUUCGAUUUUGUGAUUUAAUUAUGAAAUUAGCACCAUCGGUUAAAAUAAGCGAACGUGAUUAUCUUCCUCAUUCAAUUUGCGGUGGUUGUGUGGAUCGAAUUGAAGCCGCAUAUGAAUUACGCAUCCAAUGUGAAGAAACCGAUAAAUUUUUACGAUCGAAAUUAAAGCGUAGCAAAAAAACGCGUCGCACACCAGCUGAAUUUGUGUUAAUCGAUUGUGCCGAAUCGAGUAGCGAUUCGGAUGAUGAGCAAAAGAGUGACGAUGAAUUUCAAUUGUCCGAAGAAAGUGAAGAUGAGAGCAGCGAAUCGGACAGUGAAUCUAGUUAUGAUGAAAAGAAAAAACGUAUACCAAGCCAACGUGGUCGAAAACGUGGACCACCACCAUCACGAUCAAAUGUCGUUGCAUAUCAAUCACAUUCAGCGAAAAAGUCCAAAAAUAGCGGCAUUGUAUAUAUUAAAGCGAAAAAAAGUGAAGACGACGAUGAUUACGGUACGUCUAUUACCACCGCACCCGGACCAAAAUCAAUGAAACGUUUACAAAGUGUCAAACCAGUGACAAAUCGAUUGCAAUUCAGAUGCGAUGUUUGUAAUCGAACUUGUACAUCGGCCGAAACGUUAGCCCAACAUAGACGCACCCAUGCCGAUGAAAGAUGUAAAAUUUGUUCUUUGGUAUUCAAGCAACGUUCGGCAUUGUUACAACAUAUGCAAAGACAUCGUGAAGAUCCAGAACGAAUUUGUCAAAAGUGUCAUCGUGUAUUUGCAACAAAAAUUGAAUGUCAACGUCAUUUUCAAACGACACAUCCUGGUUCUACCGUCUCGGGUGCCGCCACAUUGACAUGCCAUAAAUGCAAACGAUACUUUCCAAAUAAACAACAAUUUGAAACGCACAAAUGCAUCAAUAGCGACACACGAAAGUCCAACGAAACAAAUUUAAAACGAAAAAAUGACACUGAUACAUCCGUUUCAGGGCGAGAUCUCUUCAAAUCAGUUGCACCACUCACAACAACAUACUGGAGCGAUAGUUUUUCUGACUAAAAAUAAAACACUCACACCACACACACACACAUACUACGGCCAUGUGAAAUAUUUUGAAGUCGGGAGUAACAUCUAAACAUUUCAACUGCAAUUGGUACAAAAAUAUUAUAUACAUCAUAUGCAAAAAUGUUUGUCCAUAUAUGGGUUAUAUUUCUUUGUAAAAAAAAUGUUGAUAAUAUGUGUCCGCUUCCACUGGUUGUUCAUUUGUGCUCCAUUUGAGAGAAAUUGAUAUUAAAAUUGAAAUUUCAAAUUUAAUUUAAAUAUAUUCUUCCUUUCCUAUGUCA